AAACGACCUGGUUCCACGGCGCAACGAAAAGGAAAAGACAGCCCAUGCGGGCCGUAAUUCUUCCAAUCAGCACCGAGACUUUCUUAUAUUAUUUAAUAUUUAAUUAAUCCCCAAAGGGCUUAGUGUGGAUGGUAGGAACGUGCCUUGAUUUUGGUGGCGUUUUAGCCUGCUUCGGAUUCAGCAGAAGAAGAACUUGACACCAAACCAGUUCAUGAAUGAAAUGGACCCCGCUCUCGAGCAAAAGCGACUCGAUAGACUCGCUCGGGUGCGAGAGAACCAGCGCAAAUGCCGGGCUCGACGACAAGACCAUAUCCGGGAUCUGGAGGAGAAGGUGGUGGCUCUCCAGCGAGACGCUCACCGGAAGGAUGUAGAACACCGGCUGUCGAUCCAGAGAAUAGAGGCCGAAAACAAAAAGCUGCGGUAUCUUUUGUCGUGCCUGGGACUCCCCGCCGACGCGCUAGAGACGUAUUUGCAAGCAGGCGAUGACCCCAUGAUGGCGCAGAAAGUCGCGAUUCCGGCACUUCAACGUCCACCGGCCAAGUCUCAGCCACGCUGCCAGGACGCCAGAGGUGCCCCAUGCUCGGCGACCCGAGAUUGUCCCCCCGUUACUCCUUCCUUGGAAACCCCGGUGCCUCGCGUCCCAUGCACCGACGAUAAGAAGGUGACGAAUGGCGAAAAGAGUUGUACGGGGGACGACGAAGAACCUCGGGAACCUAAAAUCCUGCCACUGUGCGCCUGCCCUUCUGGCGACGGAGAAGAAUCUGUCCCGGCUAGCGACGAGGUCCUCGACACGACUCUCUGUGCGAUUGCAGAAACUCUGAUCCAUCAAUACAACACACAUGGUGUCGAUAUCUCGGAAAUCCAGCAGAAGCUUCGUGCUGGAUUUUCCAGGGGCAUUGCAUCGGAAGGGUGCAGAGUACAGAAUCAUCUAUUAUUCCAGGUUCUGGAUGAAAUUAGUGGGGACUGA